ACGCGCACUAUCGCAAAGUGUGUCAAGAGUGUUAAAAUUUGAAGUUUUGUGUUGAAUUUUGGGCAUAGAUAAUGCUGCUGAAACAGAUUGGAACGGUUCUGGUGCGCUCUGAGUGCCAACGGCGUCAACGUGCCCUUUUGCAGUUGAGCCGCCACUUUGCCGCAGUGCCGUUGGCCGAGCCGGCUGCACCAUCGCUAAAAACAGAGGUGCCUGGACCAAAGUCAAGGGCGCUGUUGCAGCAGCUGAACCAACUACAGAAUGCCAACUCAGUGCAGAUGUUCGUCGACUACGACAAGUCGUUUGGAAACUAUUUGCAGGACGUCGAUGGCAACGUGCUGCUGGACAUUUACACCCAAAUUUCCUCUGUACCACUGGGCUACAAUCAUAAGGAGUUGCUGAAUGUAUUUCGGGAUGACCACAAUCUCUCAACUCUCAUCAACCGCCCAGCGUUGGGCGUAUUUCCGGGCGAGGAUUGGCCCAACCGUUUGCAGAACGUGCUGAUGUCCGUGGCCCCGGUCGGACUCGACCAUGUGACGACCAUGAUGUGCGGCUCGUGCUCGAACGAGAACGCGUUCAAGAACAUUUUUAUCUGGUACCAGAAGAAGCAGCGCGGCGAUGCGACCCCGUUUUCCGACGCGGAAAUCCAAUCGUGUAUGGUUAACCAAUCUCCAGGUGCGCCAAAGCUCAGCAUUUUGAGUUUUCACGGGGCGUUCCACGGUCGCACACUCGGUUGCCUUUCGACGACGCACUCGAAGUACAUUCACAAGAUAGAUGUGCCGUCGUUUGACUGGCCGAUCGCACCAUUCCCGCAGUACCGCUAUCCGUUGGAGGAAAACGUUCGAGAGAACGCUCAGGAGGACGCCCGGUGUCUGGCUGAGGUUGAACGGCUGAUCGAGCUCUUUAGCAAGCGCGGUAUCCCUGUGGCCGGUAUCAUUGUGGAGCCAAUUCAGAGCGAAGGUGGUGACAACGAGGCAUCUCCCGAGUUUUUCCAACAGCUGCAGAAGAUCGCUAAGGAUCGCGGAAGCGCUUUGCUGAUCGACGAAGUGCAGACUGGCGGUGGGCCAACGGGCAAGAUUUGGUGCCACGAGCACUUUAAUCUGCCAAGCCCACCGGACGUAGUGACGUUCAGCAAGAAGAUGCAGCUGGGAGGCUAUUAUCACGGGGCUCACAUGAAGCCGUCGCAGGCAUACCGCGUGUUCAACACGUGGAUGGGUGAUCCAGGCAAGCUGUUGCUGCUGGAAUCGAUCCUGCGUGUCAUCAAGCAGGAGGCUCUGUUGGAAAAUGUACGCCGGACUGGAGACAAACUGAAGGACGGGCUCAUGCAGGCACAGAAGGACUUCCCACAUCUGCUGAGUGCGACACGCGGACGAGGUACAUUCUUGGCGAUCAACUGCGCCACGCCAAAGAUGCGCGAUGAUAUCGUUACGGCACUCAAACAGAAAGGAGUUUUGUCCGGCGGAUGCGGCGAGCUGAGCAUUCGUUUCCGCCCGGCCCUGAUAUUCGGGGAGAAACACGUGGACAUCUUUUUGGACAAAUUCCGGCAGGUGCUGAAGGAGGUUAAGUAAACGGUUUCCGAUGCUCUACUUCACGCUCAUGCCAGCUAACUUACUGCACAAAAGCUUCGACGAAGCCGUAUUGUUAUGAAGCCGCGAGGCAGGAUGAAUUGAUAAGUGAACCUGUCGUGUAGUUCGAACCUCAGCGUACAGCAGCAUUAUGCACACUAGUUACAGGAAACUCUACCUAUAAUAGAAUCCAGAUAGCAAUAGACGUACAAUAAGUUCGCAUCAUUGUUGAAGCGUCGACUGCAUGGUGCAUCGAGGCACUUGAAGAGAAAGGCACAAGAUCCAAGUGUUACGGAAGCUUUUAGCGCUUGCAGUUUACAAUGAGAGAAGUUUAUGGAAUAUAUGCUAGUAAAAAUGUCAUUGCUACAAACCAAGUAACAAAAACAAAAACACACCAACACGUUAGUAGAACGUGAAUGAGAGAACAUUUGUCUUCCAAUGAACUAAAAGGUGAUUCCAAAAUCAAUCGGUGUCCAACGGAAAGUCCCACUCUAGCGAGAGUAGGGCAAUCCGUUACAAAAUAAACUAGAUAAAUGU